AUGCGGCAUACUUUUGAUACAAGAGGCCCCAACAACGAGAGUGAUGCUGAAAUUGAGGACCAAGGGCAGUUAGCGUUGUAUAAGUCUUCCUUUGGUGGCUACAGUUACUACCCUACAACGCUAUUCAAGCGUCGUGCAUCGCCGCCACCUCUUCCUGAUGAAGGCGGCUACUCGCGUAAGUCAUGCUCGCCGCGGCGCAUAGAAAUCUCAUGCAGUGGGGAUAGACGAGACUCUUCUCAGGGGAAUCUUCAUGUGAAGGGGCGGAGGGGACACACCACGACAAUAGCCACUCCUUUGCUGGGGCGAUACCGACAAGAGGAGCUGAGGACAGCCGAAAAAAGUCGUNCACGACAAUAG